AUUGCUUCCCAGCAAAAUUCUCUAGUACGCUUCAAUUCAAACGAUUCGAAAUUGGCACCCCAAAGAAAAAAUGGCGACUUCCGCCGUAGACGGUGGUGGUAAUAGUAGUGGUGGCGGAGAAGACAUAAAAUUUAGUGUAAUGGUUAGCCUUUUUAAGUGGAUACAGAAGAGUAAAUCAUCAGUGAAGAAGCGGUCCAAGUUCCGGAAGUUUAUGGAUACCUUCUGCAGGAAGCCUCAGGACAAUUUCGUUGCCAUGCGCCUUAUUCUCCCUGGCCUCGACCGUGAGCGUGGCUCUUAUGGCCUUAAGGAGCACGUCCUCGCUACUUGCCUCAUUGACGCACUUGCAAUGUCCCGCGACUCCGAUGAUGCACGCCGUCUCCUUAACUGGCGGAAAGGCGGUCCCAAAACUGGCUCUAAUGCCGGCAACUUCUCUCUUGUUGCCGCUGAGGUCCUCCAGCGCAGACAGGGAAUGGCUUCUGCUGGUCUAACAAUUAAGGAAUUAAAUGACUUCCUUGAUCACUUGGCCUCAAGUGAAAAUAGGUGAUGAAGAUAUUUGUGU